UAAAUGCCCUGAAUGUAAUAAGCUUCAUUGCUAUUACCUUAUAACCAUUUGUUAUGCUAUGUUAAAGCCCUCUGCCUUGCUCACUAUUCUAUAACCAUGAAUGCUCACUAGGCAGUAGCCAGCUUCUACGCCAAUUAUGCAUGAGCGAGCUUGGAUCCAUACUAGGCUUGAUGCACCUUCCUCUAAGCAAACCAUGCCAUCUCCCGGUCAUCCCAUUCAAAUGGCUCUCCCAGCGCCACUAUCUGUUACUCCCACUAACCUCCUCAACCUGCACCCCCCCACCAUGACGUUCUCGGACGGCCUGACGCUGAACCGGACCCAGAUGCCCAACGCGGGCUUCGGGCCGCUCACCGACCUGGUGUUCAGCUUCGCCAGCCAGCUGCUGCCCCUGGAGAUGGACGACGCCGAGACCGGCCUGCUCAGCGCCAUCUGCCUGCUGUGCGGAGACCGACAGGACCUGGAGCAGUCCGAUAAGGUGGACGUUCUUCAGGAGCCCUUGUUGGAGGCUCUGAAGAUCUACGUGAGGAGGAGGAGGCCGGACAAGCCCAGCAUGUUCCCCAAGAUGCUGAUGAAGAUCACCGACCUCCGGAGCAUCAGCGUCAAGGUGAACUGGCACCAGCAGCAGGAGGGAGAGGAGAGGCAGUGGGUGCACCAAGAGGGAGAGUUGGAAGAGGAAGAGCAG